AUGAUCGUGGAUCCAACAGCUCUCGUCAAGGCCUCGUCCUCGGUGGCUCCCAUUCCUACUGUCAUUCCCGGCCCGGAAAACGUCUAUCAGAAAGCCGGUGAUGUUGGCAAUCGUACACUAUGGGUUGUCUGCGUGAUCAUGGCCUUGUCUUCGAUCGCCUUUUACGCGAUGGCCUUCAGGGUCCCAGUUCAAAAACGCCUCUUCCAUAUCCUCACCGCCUUCAUCACUACCUUUGCUUUCCUCUCAUACUUCGCAAUGGCAACAGGAGAUGGCAUUGCUUACAACCAAGUCAAGGUUGUUGAGCAAAACAAGCAUGUACCAGACAUUGUCCACUACGUCUAUCGCCAGGUCUACUAUGCCCGCUACAUCGACUGGAGUCUCACUACCCCACUCCUGCUGCUCGAUCUUGCCCUCUUGGCCGGUCUUAGUGGCGCCAACAUCCUCGUUGCCAUUAUUGCUGAUAUUAUCAUGAUCUUGACCGGUAUGUUCGCUGCUUUUGGCAGCCACGAUGGCCAGAAGUGGGGCUGGUAUGCCUUCGGCUGCAUUGCCUACCUUGUCGUUGUUUACCAGCUUGCAUUCAAUGGUCGUGCCGCCGCCGCCGGUAAGGAUGGCAAGACCAAGGCCUUCUUUGGUGCAAUUGCCGGUUUCACCCUUAUCCUCUGGACCAUCUACCCAAUCAUCUGGGGUGUUGCCGAUGGUGCCCGUGUCGCCAGUGUCGAUGCUGAGAUUAUCUCCUAUGCCGUUCUUGACGUUCUUGCCAAACCGGUCUUCGGCUUCUGGCUCCUCUUCACCCAUGACAGCAUGGCUAGCACAUCCCCAUCUGUUGAGGGCUUUUGGGCUCAUGGCUUCGGUGGUGAAGGCCAGGGCACCAUCCGAGUUGGUGAUGACGACGAAGGUGCCUAA